AUGGUGGCUGCGACUAACAUAUUUUUAGGCGAGUCUCUACACACCCCAGCUGACCAACACAUGCUAACCUCACUCUUAGGUAGCGACUUGGAGGGCAUCGACGACGGGAAGAGAGACCGUUUGGCGACGACACCUCGCCCACCGAAAAGCGCUCUCUCUUCCCCCCGGGGGCGGAGGGGGGUAAGCCACACCUACUGCCUCAUCUUGACCAACAAAGGACUGACUGCCCUACAAUCGAGAUGCACGCCGACCACCGCGACCGAUCCGAUCUCCGCAAAGACCCCAGGCUCUUCCAAAGGCCUGGCCGCUGAACAGCCACCUGAUCCAAAGCCUGGUUUCUCCCUGCCACGAGCUCCCGCCUGGAUCCUCCGAACGACUAAAAGUCUGGCCUCCCAUCAGUCGCCUCACUCGAGGCCUAGCCCUCCGAUUCACAACCUCCUCUCGGGCUUCUCACAGUGGCCUGGCCCUACGAACUACCGGCCCAUUCAACGCCCUGACCCCCUUCCAAUGGUCUGGCUUCUCCCAAUCUCGAGCUCUCACAACAGUUGGCUUCUCCCAAUCUCGAGCUCCCACAACAGGUUGGCUUCUUCGAACAGCCAACAACCGAGCGAGCCCCCAGGCCCAAUCAUUCAAAGAGUCGCCUCAUCAAAGGCCUGGCCCUCCAAAGCGUCUCCGAACGAGUCAUGA